GUCUCUCUCUUUCUGUCUCUCGCUCUAUGUCUCUGUCUCUCUCUCUUAGCAGUCCUAUGCCCCUCCCCCUUCCACCAUGGUCCCUCCCAGUCCCAUCCCUAACAACAGUCACCACAGAGGAGGAGGAGGAGGCUGUAGUAUGGAGCAGCUCAGUCAAACUAACCUGUACAUCAGAGGACUGCCCUCUGGGACCAGUGACCAGGACCUCAUCAAACUAUGUCAACCAUAUGGGAAAAUAGUGUCAACCAAGGCCAUACUGGACAAGAACACUAAUCAAUGCAAAGGAUAUGGCUUUGUGGACUUUGACAGCCAGACAGCAGCCCAGAAAGCUGUAGCCUCUCUAAAGGCCAGCGGAGUCCAGGCACAGAUGGCCAAGGUACAGCAACAGGAACAGGAUCCCACUAACCUGUACGUUUCCAACCUGCCUGUGUCCAUGGAUGAGCAGGAGCUGGAGAACAUGCUGAAACCGUUCGGUCACGUUAUCUCCACACGGGUACUACGGGACGCCACCGGGGUCAGCAGAGGAGUCGGCUUCGCCAGGAUGGAGUCAACAGAGAAGUGUGAUGUGGUGAUUCAACAUUUCAAUGGAAAGUUUCUGAAGACUCCUCCAGGCGUACCAGCUCCUGUAGAACCCCUACUCUGUAAGUUUGCAGAUGGAGGACAGAAGAAGAGGCUGAACCAGAACAAGUACCCCCACAACGGACAACCGUGGACCAGAGAUGGAGAGAGUGGCAUGACGUUGACAUAUGACCCCACUGCAAUGCAUAAUGGGUUCUACUCCUCUCCAUACAUCUCCACCAAUAGGAUGAUAGCACAGACAUCCAUCACUCCCUUCGUCGCUGCCUCACCCGUCUCCACAUACCAGGUCCAGAAUACAUCCUGGAUGCCUCAUCAACAGUAUGUUAUGCAACCUACCGGUGCUGUGAUAACCCCAGCUAUGGACCUCUCCAUGCCCAUGCAGCCCUCCAGUAUGAUGGGUCCUAUAACACAGCAGAUGAACCACAUGUCCCUGGGAAACACAGGGACCUACAUGUCUGCAGCAGCUGCUCCAAUGCAAGGAGCCUACAUUCCUCAGUACCCUGCAGUGCCUGCCUCCGCCCUCACAGUGGACGCAGUGGUGACAGAGGACUCGCCCCAAACUGAACCCCCCUCCUCACAGGACCCUAACGGACAGCCACCCCUGGACAGCGACUCAGCUGCCUACUCCUACCAACAGACUAAAUAACAGGAGGAUGACGAGCGAUGUGUUUCCGGUAACUGCAUUGCCUUGAGACAGCGGCUGCACUGAAGCACUGGAGGGAUGGAGGGAGGAAAAAUACUGGAUGACUAAAAGGAGGACUAAGAGAGAUCGUUUUAUCUUUGCACAGGCA